AUGGUUUUGUAUCCUUGUUGUCGUUUCUGUCCUAGUAGUCAGACCUUGAGAAGCCAUGACGGGAAGGGGCCGCAGUCGAGGCAGGAGCCGGGGCAGGGGAAGGGGAGCUUCGGACGAACCCCCACCACGCCGACCAGGCGGACUUCAACCUCCAGGAGUCCCGCCCACACCCCAGCUGGAGGCCCUGACCCUGGGGGAGCGCGCCCCAGGGGUGGGGGGGACAGGAGGAGGAGAUAUGGAGGGGUGGUGGUGGAGGUACCCCGCACCAGACCUGAGCACAUGGAGGACAAGAAAGGUACUUCCGGAACCCCUGUCAGCAUGGUAACUAACUUCUGCAAGGUGAAGACGCAGACCGAUCGGGUCCUGUUCCAGUAUCAGGUCGAGUUCUCGCCGGACGUCGACAACCGCAAGGCUCGCAUCGCCAUGGUCUACAGUCAGGAGGAUCUCUUGGGGGAUACCAAGAUCUUUGAUGGGAAGAUCCUGUUUUUGCCCAAGAAACUGGAAAAUGAUAAAACGGUGUUUACAACCGAGCGAAAGACGGACGGCGCGACCAUAACGAUCACAAUCACGCUGACCAACGAGGUCCCUCCGACGUCGCCGGUCUGUCUCCAGAUCUACAACAUCCUGUUCCGCAAGUUCCUGAAGAACAUCGGAAUGCAGAGGGUGAACCGCAGCCACCACAACCCCACUCAGAAGAUAGACAUGAAAGCUCACGGACUGGAGGUAUGGCCAGGGUUCGUGACCUCCAUUCUUCAGUACGAGGCUAACGUGAUGCUGAUGGCCGACGUCUCCCACAAGAUCCUGCGUUCCGACACCGUUCUGAGUUUCAUGUACGAACUGUAUGGCCAGGUGGAUCCAGAGCGCUUCUACGAGAUAUGCUCCGGGAAGCUUGUGGGAGAGAUAGCCCUGACCAGGUACAACAACAAGACCUACAGGAUUGAUGGCAUCAGUUGGGAGGAGCACCCAACCGACAAGUUUAGCUUGCCUGACGGGACGGAAAUCAGCUUCGUGGAGUACUACGAAAAACAGUACAACCGCAAGAUCCAGGACAACAAACAACCUCUGCUCCUCAGCAGGGCCAAGAAAAAGACGAAGGAUGGCAAAGUCCUGAUCCUGAAGCUGAUUCCUGAGCUCUGUUCCCUGACAGGUUUGUCUGACGAAAUACGUCAGAACUUCUCAGUGAUGAAGGACUUGGCUUCCCACACUCGCCUCGGGCCUGGAGACAGCAGCAAGGCACAGCAGGGCUUCAUCAGCCAACUCAACAGCAACCCUGAUGUGCAGAAGGAGAUGAAGGGUUGGCAGAUCGAGUUUGAUCAGAACUUACUCCAGCUGGAUGGGCGCACGCUGCCGGCGGAGAAACUCUUCUAUUUUUUUGCGUGGUUUGCUUUCCAGUUUAGUUAUGACCGUAGUGCCGAGUGGUCGCGUGAGUUUCGGGGUAAGACCCUGCUCAGCACCCGGCCGCUGAAGGACUGGCUACUCAUCUUCACCAAGAGAGAUGCCCAGAUUGCAAACGACUUCAAACAAACCCUGGAAAAGGUGGCAGGCCCCAUAGGCAUCCAGGUCUCCAACCCUGUCAUGGUUGACAUUGAGGAUGACCAGCUAGGAACCUACCUGCGUGUGAUGAAGGAGCAGGUCAAGGCAGGAGUCACCCAGAUGGUGGUGUGCAUUGUACCGAACAAUCGUAAGGACAGGUACGACGCAAUCAAGAAGUUCUGCUGCGUGGACCAGCCACUGCCAUGCCAGGUCAUCAUGUCUAGGACUCUGAGCAAGAAGCAGAUGUUGAUGUCUGUCUGCACCAAGAUCGGCCUGCAGAUGAACUGCAAAAUGGGAGGAGAGCUCUGGGCCUUGGAGAUCCCGUUGCCGAGCCUGAUGGUUGUGGGCAUAAACAUGUAUCCGGACUCCCUGACUAAGGGCACAUCUGUGGGAGGGUUUGUGGCCUCCAUGAAUCGGAACCUGACUCGGUGGUACUCCAAAUGCACCAUCCAUAAAACUGGGCAGGAGCUUAUCGACCAGCUCAAGCACUGUCUAGCGGCUUCACUCAGGAACUACCAAACCAUCAACCAGGAGCUCCCUCAGCGUGUCAUUUUCUACCGAGACGGUGUGGCGGAUUGGCAGCUGGAGGCCUUAUUGAAGGAGGAGCUGCCACAGAUCGUGGACACCUUGAAGUCCCAUGCUGAAGGAUACGAGCCCAAGAUCACGUUCGUCAUCGUGAACAAACGGAUCAACACGCGGUUCUUCGCGCGUGACGGCUCCGGACUGCAGAACCCUCCGCCGGGAACCGUUGUGGAUGACGAGGUCACCAGGCCGGAAUGGUAUGACUUCUUCCUGGUGUCCACCUCAGUGCGCCAGGGAACGGUCACUCCCUGCCACUACAACGUGGUGUGGGACACCUCUGGCCUCAAGCCUGACCAAAUGCAGAAGCUCACCUACAAGCUCUGCCACCUCUACUACAAUUGGCAGGGCACCAUCCGAGUCCCCGCCCCGUGCCAGUAUGCCCACAAACUGGCCUUUUUAGUUGGACAAAGCGUCCACACCAAACCUUCAGAAGACCUGGCGCAAACACUGUUCUACCUGUAGGUCACAGGUCACGACCAAAGGGUAGAGAUCAGAGGUCACAGGUCACGACCAAAGGGUAGAGAUCAGAGGUCACAAGCUGGGUUUCCACAGAGAACAUGCAUGUGAUUUGAAAGUCUGGCAAAACUCCUUCGAACACUUUCCUUUCUCUAGUUUUGAUAAACUUAAGUGAGUGAGUGAAUAAGUGAGUGAGUGAAUAAGUGAGUGAGUGAGUGAGCGAGUGAGUGUAAACUGUAAGGUUGAAGGUCUGAUUUUCCAAAGGUAGAGUGUAGUUUUAACAAAAUGAAAGAACCCAGAGUCUGUCCUAAGCUUAUGUGUUAUGUAUAUCUCUAAGGAGACAUUGUUAACAAGUGAGAUGUCUUCCAAGGUAACAGUAUACAGCAGGGAAACAAAAGAUACUACUAAUUAAAUAAACCUUUAAUCAUUGUAUUAACUAACAUAAACUAGCAGCAGAUUUUAUUGCAAUC